AUGAAUGGUAUAAACGCUGCGGCUGAAAAGCCGGUGAUGGGAGCUGAGAUACCAGUAAAAGAUGAAGCUAAAUCCAAAAAGUUUGGUUUCAGAGAAAAGUUAAUGCUGAUCCGGUCCAAUAUAACUGUGGAACCUAUUAUAGCGUGCUAUAUAAUGUCUAACGUGUUCUCAGGACUUGCAGUGCAAAAUUUAAAUCUGGAAAAAGCAUGUAGGGUUAAUUUGGGAUACGACGAUAAAGUAUGUUCGGCGUUAAAUAAACGGCAAACAGAGAAUUAUACUUUAGAAGAAUCAGAAGUGCAGAAGUUGACAGCAUCAGUGCAGGCAUGGAAAAAUAUUGUUCAAACCACUUUUCCAUGUAUAUUAAUAUUAUUCGUAGGAUCUUGGAGCGACAAAACAGGAAAACGGAAGGCAUGUAUACUCCUACCAAUUGUAGGUGAAGUGUUAUGUUGCACUAGCUUCAUUUUAAACACAUAUUUCUUUUACGAGUUGCCUCUGGAGAUUACUGCCCUCUCGGAUCUAUUUCCAUCGUUAACCGGUGGAUGGAUAACAGUGUGCGUCGGUGUGUUCAGCUAUAUAGGUGAUAUAACCACAUUAGAAAUGAGGACAUUCAGAGUAGGAGUCGCCAACUUGUGUAUGUCUCUUGGAAUUCCAAUCGGUAUGUCCCUCAGUGGCAUUUUGUUGCAGCAAAUUGGAUAUUACGGAAUAUUUUUAAUAUCGAACUGUUUGUACCUGACGAGCUUGAUAUAUGGAUACAUUCGAUUGAAAGAUCCUGUCAUAUCUCCGGAUAGGCAAAGAGAGCAACCAGUAGGCUGUCGAGGAUGGGUGUGCUCAUUUUUCGACGCACGCCACGUUCGAGAGACCUUGACGGUGGCCUUCAGGACCGGACCCAGGCGGCGAAGGCUCAGGGUGUCACUACUUAUAGUUGUAGUGUGCGUGAUAUUUGGCCCCUUGCAUGGUGAAAUGAACGUCUUGUACCUGUUCAUGAGAUACAGGUUCAACUGGGAUGAGGUGCAGUUCAGCAUGUUCUGCACAUACAGCAUCAUCACUAAUUUAGUUGGUACGCUGUUCUCCAUCAGCAUAUUCAGCGGCUUCAUGAAGUUGGAUGACACCAUGGUUGGUAUAAUCUCCUGCACCAGCAAGAUCCUUGCUUCUUUUAUAUUCGCAUUUGCUACCACGGCCACGGAAAUUUACUUGGCUCCGCUGGUAGAGAUCUUCAACGGAACAUCAUUCAUUGCGAUGAGAUCGAUUGCAUCUAAACUAGUUACUAGUGAAGAAUUAGGUAAGGUCAACUCGCUCUUCGGUUUGGCUGAGGCGAUGAUGCCCUUGGUCUACGGUCCCCUAUACUCCAGGGUCUACAUGGCAACACUGAACAUUUUACCCGGAGCUGUGUUCCUGCUCGGAGCUGGCAUGACUGUGCCUGCUGUUGCUAUAUUUGGAUGGAUGUACUUUGAGCAAAGGAAGGACAACAAACAAGUUGAAGAAAUGGAAAACGUGAACAAGGAUGUUUAA